UAGCAUUUCAGCUUCCACACCCCGCGUUAUCCCCAGUGCCCGCCUUUGUUCGCAUCACAACAAUCCCUGAACAGAUGGUGCUCUGCUUGGGAAUCGAGUGACAACCACCGGCUAGCAACCAAUCGCAUGCACGGGAAUCAGCUGACUCGCCUGGACAUCGCCAGGUGCUUUCAUCAUAUUUUCCUCAAUAGGCUCUACGGUAACACUGAGACACGGCGGAUGUUAGCCAGUCAGCGGAUUCCUGGUGCAAGGAUCCUCUCCCUGCAAACUUGACCAUGCACUUGGCGAAGGUUGCACAUGAAUGUUCGCGGAGUGGAUGUAACGAAUUUAUGCCGUUAUAAUCGAAGAGCAAUUCAUAAUAUGGAACUUAAGAGCGAUGUGGUGGUCUUCGUCUAAGGAUUUUCUUCUGUUCACAAGGGCAUAGAUAAUGCAUUCAGAUACUGGACGUGCAUGAAACAGUCAAGGAAAGAAUUCGAUGCUGGCAAGCCAAAGAGGCCAACUCUCCAGUCUCGGGUUCAAACUGUGCGGAAGUUUCAGACCUAUAUGAGCCCACAGGAACUGCAUCCUUUUAAAUCUUUCAGAAGCUUUUUGAUUCAGCUCUUCAAGCUUUCAGAGGGAUAAAAGGGCUAUUCUGCAACACUUCUAUUGAAUGAGAAUAUAACUUUGCCAUCUCAGUCUUUUUGUCGCUAUAGGAAUUCCAGCUGAGACCUUAAGAGAGGUUAAACAAUUGCUGUAAGAAUGGCAAGAGGGAAUUUCUUUUUUGUUGUGAAGGGCCAGAUUUGUUUCUCCCUAUUUCUGGCUUUACUUGGUCUCUCGUCUGUUCAGACUACAGAAUGUCCUCAGCUUUGUGUAUGCGAGAUCCGGCCUUGGUUCACACCCCAGUCCACCUACAGAGAAGCAACUACUGUUGAUUGCAAUGACCUUCAUCUUACCCGCAUCCCUGGAAACCUGUCCUCUGACACACAGGUGUUGCUUCUGCAAAGCAACUACAUUGCCAGAACUAGUGAGGAGCUAGAGCAACUUCUGAAUCUCACAGAACUGGACCUGUCCCAGAACAACUUCAGCAACAUCCGUGAUAUUGGCCUGACCAACAUGUCACAACUCACUACGCUUCACCUGGAGGAGAACCAAAUAGUCGAGAUGCCUGACUUUAGUUUGCAAGACCUCACCAAUCUACAAGAGCUGUACAUUAAUCACAAUCAGAUCAGCUCCAUUGCACCCAAUGCCUUUGCUGGUUUGCGUAAUCUGCUUAGGCUCCACCUGAACUCCAACAGACUCAAGGCAAUUGACAGUCGUUGGUUUGAAUCAACCCCCAACCUUGAGAUCCUAAUGAUUGGGGAAAAUCCUGUGAUUGGCAUCCUGGAUUUGAACUUCAAACCUCUUACUAACUUAAGAAGCCUGGUACUCGCAGGCAUGGAGCUCACAGAUAUUCCAGGCAAUGCAUUUGUUGGACUAGACACACUGGAGAGUCUCUCUUUCUAUGACAACAAACUUGUUAGGGUGCCACAGACUGCUCUGCAGAAACUUCAGAACCUGAAAUUUCUGGAUUUGAACAAGAAUCCCAUACAUACAAUUCAGGAGGGAGACUUUAAGAACAUGCUAAGGCUGAAAGAACUUGGCAUCAACAACAUGGGAGAACUUGUGUCUAUUGAUCACUUUGCCCUGGAUAACCUCCCAGAGUUGACCAAACUUGAAGCCACAAACAACCCCAAGUUUUCCUACGUGAGCCGUUUGGCAUUCCGUGACUUGCCGUCCCUAGAGAGUCUUAUGCUCAAUAACAAUGCUCUAAACUCCCUCUACCAGGCGACGACGGAGUCUCUGCCCAACCUGAGGGAGAUCAGUAUCCACAGCAACCCACUGCGGUGCGACUGUGUUAUUCAGUGGAUGAGCUCCAACAAGACCACCAUUCGAUUUAUGGAGCCUCUUUCCAUGUUUUGUGCAAUGCCACCAGAGGUUCGAGGUCAGCGUGUGAGAGAGGUGCUUUCUCGUGAAUUUUCGGGCCAAUGCUUGCCCAUGAUCUCUCACGACACAUUCCCCAAUUACCUCAACCUAGAUAUUGGGAUGACGGUAGACCUUAAUUGUCGUGCAAUGUCUGAACCUGAGCCAGAAAUAUAUUGGGUUACACCAUCAGGUAACAAGGUAAUGAUAGAUACCAUGUCGGAUAAAUACCAACUCAACAGUGCAGGAACUCUCCGCAUAUCGCAUAUUCAGGUAGACGACUCUGGCCACUACACCUGUGUGGCCCAGAACACUGAGGGAGCUGACACUCGUGUAACUGCCGUUCGAGUCAAUGGGACUCUUCUGGAUAGCACGCAGCUUAUGAAGAUAUAUGUGAAGCACACUGAGUCCCACUCAAUAUUAGUGUCCUGGAAGGUAAACUCCAACGUCAUGACAUCCAACCUCAAGUGGUCAUCCGCGACCAUGAAAAUUGACAACCCUCACAUCACGUAUACUGCUAAGGUGCCUGUAGAUGUUCACGAGUAUAACCUCACACACCUUCAGCCAGCCACUGAGUAUGAGGUUUGUCUCUCGGUCUCUAACAUCCACCAGCAAACCCAAAAGUCUUGCGUCAAUGCCACGACCAAUCACGCCACAUUUACCGUGGAGAUCUCGGAACAAGGCACCAAUACGGCUCUUGCAGCUGUCAUGGGCACAAUUUUGGCCAUCAUCAGCCUGGGCUCCAUCAUAGUAUACAUUGCCAAGAGAUGGAAGCGGAAGAACUAUCAUCACUCCUUGAAGAAAUACAUGCAGAAAACCUCCUCCAUCCCCCUUAAUGAACUGUAUCCUCCCCUUAUUAAUCUAUGGGAGGCAGACAGCGAAAAGGACAAAGAGGGCUCUUCAGAAACUAAGCCCACCCAGGUUGACACAACAAGAAGUUAUUACAUGUGGUGAAGCUUACCAGACUUUUUUGUCGUCAGAGCACAAAGACACGCCACUGCUUAUUUGUGCGUAAAAAAACUGAUCUUCUUUUUCUGCUUUGCUUAUAGCAAGCGACUAUUCAGUUUGAUAUCUCUGACUUUUUAGUAGAGUGUAAUGUCUUUUCCUCUUCUUUGACUUUCAAUCUGGCAGCUUUUGUUUAGCUUCUGAGACAUAUGAGUAGCUGUGCAUAUUUUGUUCAUUAUAUUUUAAUAGCACAGCAUAGAUAAUGUCAAGGAUUUGAACUUUGGGUCAAUUGAUGCUCUAGCACUGUAUCUGAUCUGAUAUUGAUAUGUCUUUGGCAGUAUUCAUAGAGAAUGCAUUGUUUCUUUCUCUCUUUCAUAAAACAGUUUAACUGUUGUGCACUGAAAUAUAUUAACACAUUUGUCCUUGGACUCCAGUGUAAGCUGACAAGGUGAGUUUAGACUUGAUACACUGUCUAUUGAAUAACGUUAGCAAUUGUUCUGUAAUGUUGUAUCAACUAUAAUUUGAACAUUUUGGAUUUUCUCAAAGUCAUUUUUGAUUUAGACGUUAACUUUGCAGAUAAAAGGACUGUAAACCAGCAAUAGAAAUGUGAAUGUUUAAUAAUUAGGUAGUAGAGAAAUGCUUUUUUAAUUACUCAGAUUCUUCUUUUUUAAUUGGCUAGAAUCUGUUAAUCACUUGAUUUUGUUGUAAUUUACACAUGCAAUAUAUGUUGCAUAUUUACAGCGCAAACAAAAAUAAAACACUUUUGUUCAGAUAUUUUUUU